AUUUGGAUUUUGGCAACAACAACAUCAACAACAAGCAGCUAAAAAGAAAGGGGACGGGAGUACACGCUUAUCAAAGUCACAAGCUUCAGCAUCCUCAAACUCUGUGGAACUAUAUGGCAUAUUCACUGAAGAUGACACACAGUUUAUAUGUUGCAACAUAGAGUUCCCAUCACGUGGGUGUUUCGAAUAUCACGAAAUGGUCGUUCAUCGUAAAUUCUGCGAAGUUUGUCAUAAAAGAUUAGAUGGCGAAGAAAUGGAGAGUUUGAUGAAUCAUGGAUUACUCCAUACUGGUGUGAAACCUUUCCAGUGUGGAACAUGUCAUAAAGUAAUAGGAACAAAAGCUGGGUUGAACUUUCACUUAUGUCGCGAUGUGAGAUGUUCUAUUUGUGGUGUAACAGUCUCCUUUCCCAACAGACAUAAGCAUGCAAAGUCACAUAAAGAGUGAAUGACUUUAGAUAAAUACAGUAUAACUUGUGAAGUGGAACACCUCUGUGAGUGGAACAGCUACAUAAGUGGAACACAUUUUCAAGUACAGUUAUCCGUUAGUUUAAUGAAAAAUGAACCUUUGAAAAACAAACCACCUCAAAUCCAAGUAGG